AUUUGGUGCGAUAGCCAUUAAACAAAGUGACAUUUGGAUCCUUGAACCUGUUAUUGAAAAUUUCAAAAACUUCCAGCACUCUCAAACCAGGAGCCGUUUAAGAAGAGCAAAGUUUGUUUCUUUGUUUUAAAUCAAUCUUCGUUUUUCCCCGGGGAGAAAUGUAAAAACGCAGAUCGUUGCAAAAUCAUUAAGUGUAGUUUAUCUGGUGUAAGGAGUUUUAAUCUAGAUCUUACUUUUAUAAUAGCACGCUUUUAUAGAAUCAGUUAUGUAUUUCAGUCUUACCAGUAAGCGUGUUACAACGACUGUUGUAAUACCGUUAUUUACAGUAUUUUGCAAUGCUGUAUAUUACUCCGAUCUUCGUAACGGUAACAGAAGAGACCAAAUGAAGCCAUCCGUUCAUUCAUGUAAAUAAAGGUUUCAAUCAGUUGGAUUGUUAAAAUGGCAGCUUGUGUGCUAAGAAAGUAGUAAAAUAGUCUGUGUUGUUUUGAAAGUUCUUGAAAACACCAGAUCUGUGACGAAAAUACCGGAUUUUUGACGAAAAUAAACAUAUUUUCGUGCUUCGAAAUAAUGACAGAGUCGUCACUGACAGAGGUCGAUCCAAAAAAAAACACGCCAGAUAACUCGACAUCAGUCUCUACUUCAUCACGUUCAAGUAUAGAAUACGAAAUCCAAAGUUACACCAGAAGAUGGGUGAUACUAUUUAUUUCAUGCACCGCUAUUUUUCUACGUGGUUUUAACCAGUCUUGUUACGGCCCAAUCAACAGUGUAUUUACUAAAUACCUGGACGUACAGCCCUGGCAAGUGGAUUGGUUUAUUCUUGCUCAAUCGGUCGUUUUCCUAACCAUGUCUUUACCUAUGUCUUGGGUGACAUCUAGACUGGGGUUCAGGAAUUCCUAUCUCGUUAUGACAGCUUCUCUUAUACUGGGUUUUGCUUUGACUACAGUAGGUUGUUCGACCAGGAAAGGCUACAUCGCUAUUAUUGCAGGACAAACUAUUAUGGGUUUCAGCAACAUUAUAUCAUGGUCUAUACCUCCGCCUACCGCUGCACUCUGGUUCCCCGUAAACGAAGUUGCUACCGCCGUUGCUCUACAAGUUGUAGGACGGGGCGUAGGUGAAUCUGUAGGCUCAAUUUUAACCCCUGCUAUAGUUUGGGUGGCUAUGCCGAACAAGGAAAUUGGAUUUCGCUUGACGAUUCUAUUCUUGGUGUUUACAAUAAUAUCGUUAGUGCUCACGUUUGCGAUUUUUGCUGCUGUGAAGGACGAGCCGCCUUUGCCACCAAGUCAAGCUCAAGCAAAAGCGAAGCAUUUGAGAACAGAAAGCAACCGAGACAAAAGCUUCAGCGCUGCAUUAAAAGAAUACAAACAGGUUAUAAAGGAACUUUUCACCAAUAAAUACUUCGUCGCUGUGUGGUUCGCAUUUGGAGCUGCAAAUCCCGUACUGCGAAACAACAGCGUCCUACUGUCAUCCAUUCUAUCGACUACGUUCUGCAAAUACACCUGGCUGAAUCAAAAAGCUGGAUUAGUGCUAAUGGGCGGCUGGUUAACUUACACAGUAGGUGGAUUUAUUGCGGGCCCAAUCAUUACUAAGACGCAUAAAUACAAAGAAGUCGUGUUUUACAGCAUUCUAUUCGAGUGCUUAUCAUGCGUAGUGAUUUUAAUUGGCAUCCGACUGCGUAUACUUCAAUGCGUGUACGCAGGUGUCGUGGUACUUGGCUUAUCUCUCGGAAUUGCUAAUACCUCACUGUUUGAACUACUAGUCGAAGUUACUUACCCGAAACCUACUAUGCUGGUCACUAUGGUUAACAUUAUCGGCAUGGGCAUUUUCAGGCUUAUAUAUCCUAUCAUUGGGCGGGUCAUGCUCAGUACAAUAGGCCCACCUGCCUCUACAGCAUUUCCAGUAGCAAUGACAGCUCUUGCAGCGAUUGUAAUUGGGAUAAUUCAGCCAACCUACUAUAGACAUGAUUCAUACAAGUUGCAAGAGAAAGAGCCGCUUCUUUUAACAAAUCAGGAAUAAUAUUUAUUUCAGAUCAUUUGCGUUCAUUUUUUGUAAUUAAUUCAUAGUGGCAUUAAAGGUUCUUAAUACAGUAUCAUUAUUAUGUUGUUCGCACUCGCGUUUUACUGUGAAACAUAUGUAUUCGUAAUACAAAACACUUGCUCAUUUCAA